CGUCAUAUCGAUAUUUGAAAAAUAGGCAUUUUAUAAAUUAAAAAGAAAGAAGAGGGCAUUUGCGGUAACAAUGGGAGUGGGAUGGACUUAAAAGUUAAAAUAAGCCAUUGACGUCCAAGUCCUUGAGAAGUUCACCCGAAAUUUCCUUGAACACAGUGAGAGGCUAUCACUGGAGAAAUCCAAACUAUUUAAAAGGCUGAGAAGCAAUUUUGCUGAGAGCAGAGACAGAUAUUUGCUUAGAAAUGGUAAUCUCAUACUUACUCUUGUUUCUGUCUUUCAACAUAGUCGACGUUGGAGAAGGCCAAAAUGUGUGCGCUAAUGAAUCACGGUGUGGAGGCCAUGGCCCAACCAUCCGAUUUCCUUUCCAACUUAACACCCAGCCCAAUGACUCUGGGUAUCCUGGUUUUACUCUCUCCUGCAUUGAUAGAAGACAUACGGUUCUCGAGCUGCCCAUCUCAGUGAAGCUUUUUGUCAAACAUAUUGACUACAAAUCUCAGGUAAUUCAAUUGUAUGAUCCAGAUAAUUGCUUUCCAAGCAAGCUUCGGUGGCUCAAUUUGUCUUCCUCUCCUUUCCGAUUCAAAGUCGAAGACCCUUAUAAAUAUGCCUUAUUCAAUUGUUCCUCGAGAUCAGAAGAUAUGGAUUACCAUCUAAUCUCUUGUCUAAGUGGCCCUACCUACCAAGUUUAUCCUGCGACUGACAUCACGGCGUCCCUCGUA